CAGCAGUGCCUGUGAGUAAUCAAACAGGGGAGGAUCCGCCUUUUUCUGCAAUAGUCUCUGCCUUCGCACUGAGGAAAGGUCGAAGUCUAUACGGAACCAGCCGACGUUUCAGUGAACACGGGAGUUGAGCCCAGCUUUUCAGACCCCAACCGGGAGGAUUAGGGUAGUUUCCAUGGCGUCGGUGCUGAAGCGAAGUGCCUUUUUUCUGCUGCUGUUCCUGGUGUGUCCCACGCUUUGUCGUCUCUUCUGGUCGCUAGACAUUGAAGAAAAUGGGGAACGGUGGCAUCGACAGAGGAGGGAAUGGGUGGUAGCUCCCAGAAGGCUGGUGGAAAACCAUGACUACACAGGCCUGGAGAGCAUUGCACGAAUUCGCUCUGAUAGAGAGUAUGAUAGAAAGAUACAGUAUUAUUUAUCCGGGCCUGGUGUUGAUCGGUCACCCCUGGGAAUAUUCUCCAUUGACCAAAGCACCGGGUAUGUGAAAAUCCAUGCCAUUCUCGACAGAGAGGAGAUCGCCACCUACAAUCUAACGGGCAUUGCAAAAUUCACCGAUGGGACGAUAGCUGAAAAGGACAUUGACAUCAAAAUAUACGUUGACGAUGUAAAUGACUGCUCACCUGUUGUCAAGGAACAGCAAGCAGCGUUUGUGAAUGAGUCCAGUGCAUCAGGUACGUUUGUCAUGCAGGUGAUAGCCACAGAUGCCGAUGAAGAAAAUACACUUCGCAGUAAAAUCUUCUACAGCAUUGAUGAAUCAACCAACAGUGGUGGCAUGUUCAUGAUCGACUCACAGACUGGGGUUAUCAGGGUUAGAAAGAACACUCUGGACAGAGAGACAAAAGAAACAUAUAAGUUGAAAAUCAGAGUUGCUGACAUGAAUGGAGCAGUUGGAGGAAACUCGGGAAGUGGAGAAGUCGUGGUAAAACUUACGGACAUCAAUGACAAUAUUCCAAGACUGGAAAAAGAGACGUAUGUUGGGAGUGUGGAGGAGAACACUGUCAAUGUUGAGGUGAUCAGGAUAAAAGCCAUUGACAUGGAUCUGAUUCACACUGAGAACUGGUUGGCUGUGUAUGAAAUAGUAACAGGAAACGAAGGUGGCUAUUUCACCAUCACUACAGACCCCAAGACCAAUGAGGGAAUUAUCACAAUCAAAAAGCAAUUGGACUACGAGGAAAUAAAGUCUCUAAACCUGGGCGUGGUCGUUCGCAACAAAGCAGAGUACAAUUUCGGCAGCCAGACUACAACUGUGGGUGUUCCCAAACCGUAUCCUGUCACAAUCAACGUGUUAAACCAGAAGGAAGGUCCUCGAUUUCAACCAACGGUAAAAGUUGUGGCUCUCUCUGAAGACCAGACGUCAGUCUCCCUCAACAAAAUUAUCACUACCUAUGCUGCCAUUGACAGUGACACGCUACUGACGGCCACAAACGUCAGGUAUGCAAAAAUUAAAGAUGCGGACAACUGGCUGAUUAUUGAUGAAAACACAGCAGACAUCAGGCUGAACAAACUUCCUGACAGAGAGUCUACCUUUUUGGUCAAUGGAACGUAUUAUGCCGAGAUUAUAUGCAUCUCCAACGACACUCCCUCCAAAACUGCCACAGGAACCAUAGCAAUCCAGGUUGAGGACUUUAAUGAUCACUGCCCAAAGCUGACAGGUACAACUCACACCAUGUGCCUGGGCCAGAACGUGAUCUUUGUCACAGCUGUAGAUGAGGAUGGUUACCCCAAUGCGGCACCAUUUGAUUUCACGAUCAUUAAGGAGAAGACUAAGGGGAACUGGGUUGUGGAACCUCACAAUGACACCACAGCCAUUCUUCGAGACCAAGCCAACUUGUGGCCAGGCAUCUACCAAGUGGGGCUGGAGAUCAAGGACCAGCAAGGACAUUCGUGUGGAGACGUCCAGGUGACAGAUGUGACUGUGUGCGCCUGUGAAGAAACCACUAAAGCCUGCACUUCAAGCCGCACGUCCACGGAGCUCGGAGUUGGUGGGAUCCUGCUUCUGCUCCUGGGACUCCUGCUGCUACUGCUUAUCCCCCUGCUGCUAUUAUUCUGCCUGUGUGGAGGAGCUGCCAACGUGGCAGAUUUCAAGACGAUUCCAUUUGAUACCAAACAACAGUUGAUGACCUACCACACAGAGGGGAUAGGGGAAGACAAGGAAGUUCCUCUUCUGCAAAUCCCAUUGGAGGUUGAUGGUGGUGCAACUUUGGGGGGCGGGGGUCAGGGAGGAUUUACAGAGUGGGGAGGAGGAGCAGGAGGCAUGGCAGGAGGAGGCUUUAAUGUGACCGGUUUGACCACCGAGGAGUUGCACCGGUACAACCAAUACAGACAGUGGUUAGCUGAAAAAGAGGAGCUAAAAUUAGGACAGGAAAACUAUUUCUCCCAAUACAGAGCUGGAAUAUUUGAUGGGAUGGCUCUGUCUGAAAAGUUCCUGGGAGAGUACUACUCUAGUAAAUCAAAGCAGAACACAGAACAGUCAGAGCAGAAGGAUGCUUUGCUGAUGUAUGACUACGAGGGUCAGGAGUCAUUGGCAGGUUCCGUCGGAUGCUGCAGCCUUCUUGAGAAUGACAAUGACCUCUCCUUCCUCAAUAACCUGGGGCCGAAGUUCAAAACUUUAGCUGAGAUUUGUCAAGGAUCGAGGAUUAAGAUGGAGUCGUAUAAUGCAGAAUUUUCCAUCCCACCGGUGUCUCCAGUGAGGCCAUCCACACACACGCACCUCCAUACUCACACAGAAACAAUUAGAGACAGGGACCAUGUCAACAUUAAUGCUGUAGACACCUCCAACAUCACAACAGGAUCCUCCACCAUUGUCAAGGAGCAGCACAUUACUGAAAGAUCGCAAAGUUCUGCCACUCUCCCCAAGGUGAACAUGCAGGACAAGGUCAUGAUCCCCAGUCAGACGGUGCUCAUACAGCAGCCCACUAUGUACUAUGCUGCUACCCCUAUGUAUGUGGUCGAACCGCAAUCCCAAAUGUUGCUUGUAGGGGGCACGCAGCAGCAGGCUGUGGGUCAGGUGGCCUCUGUUGGGCUAGGCCAGGGCCUGGUGCAGGUUGCUGGUCUCCAAGGUUCUCAGGGCAUGGUUCUUGUAGACAGGCAGGUUGGAGGGAAAGGAGUGGUUGGUCAGGCAGGGCAUGGCCUAACACAUGGAACCAAGUCCAGAAAGGUUUUGGUGGUUGAGAAUGGGUCCUCUGGUGUUGAGCACCUUCCAGCAGGCAUGAUUAGAACCACCCAGGGGUCCACGGGCCAAGGUUUUGAGGUAAGAGGUCCGAGUAUUUUUCUGAGUUCUUCUGGUUCAGUGGAGGCAAACAAGGGCCUUACUGUGACAACCACACCCAGGGCACAAGGCAGUCAAAAAGUGGUUGUGCAACAUAAGAAGGUGUCUGUCACCGAGAGAAAUGUUGACUCUAGUACAAAAGCCUAGAGCAGAGCCAAGGUUUGCUUUGGUACAAGUGCCACACCUGAUCUGUUUUGAUCUUCACUGAACCCUGUAGUAUAAUCCAUAUUAAAUCAAACAUGAGGCUAUUGGUACAGAUAGGCCAUCAAAAGUGGUGGAGAGAAAAAUAACAUCCUUUAAGGCCAUCCUAACGAUUGCACUAGAAAAAGUGGAAACGGUGCAAGAUUUGUUUUCUUUCCAGUUGCUAACGUGUGCUAACUUGUAGAGCAUUUAUCAUGUUGGAAAAAUGAGAAGUGAGUGAGGCCGCUGUUUCUGGCCAAGUCUGAGAUUGACUUGAAUCAGCACAUUUGGUUUGACAGUCUCCGCUGCAGCACUGUGUCAGCCCUGCUGUCUGUCUGCACCACAUGUUGAGUCAUCACAGCUUAAAUUUUAUCCAACCACUAACAUCCGAAGGUCAUCACCGAUGACCAGUUAAAAGCACUCUCCCAAACAUGUGUGGUGAUGGAGUCCUUUGUGCUUCUCGAAGAGAUUUAAGUUUUAAUCUAAAUAGACGCCUGAGAAAUCUUCCAGGAAACUGCCACCUGUUGAACAAGAGCUGAUCUGUAUUUGGCCUUUUUAUUCAUUAGAAUUAAUUGAGUAAAUCUGAACCAUGUGACUUAGAUGUGACUCAAAAUGUUUUACAGAAUUUCAAACUUGGAUCAUAGGUGUCAGAAGCCCUGAUUACACAUAAGCACAGCCAAUGUAGUGAUUAGAACUGUAAAUAUAAUCGAUGAUAAUAAUAUGUAAAGUAUAACUACUUUAACCUACCACAGCUUAACCCUAAAAACCUGUUCACAUUCACGCUUGUCAAUAACUCAUUAUUGUAAGCACCAGUGACUGAGGCACUAAUGAAAUGUCUAAAGAACACUGGCAUGGCUUCAACGUAUAAGCAGCCAGUGUAAACAAAUAUAAACCGGUCUAACCAACAGUCACGUUUUUUUUUUUUAAAUAAGUGAACUGCAAAUUUCUCACACAAUUUUCCACCAGAAAAGGGAAGAGAAAGUGGAAAAAAUAAAAUAGAACGGCUGACGAAUCUCACACUUGAACUGUCCCCUGCUGAAAUCAAACCAGUGGGAGAAAGGGAAUUUUGAACUCUGACAGUCAGUCAGUCGAAUACUCCGGCACUACGACUUCAACCAAUCAUAGCAGACCAACACCAAGUCAAAGACUCUACGCCCUGAGAGGAACAACAGGAGAAGGUCAAAACCAACUCCUAAACAAACCAUGCACUACUACAUAAAAGAAAAAAUGUAGUUAAUGUAAAAUAACAUAAAAAUUUCUAUUGGGGAAAAUCAAGUUGUUUAACAUUAUUAUAAUAAUGUGGUGGUUGAACUAAUGUAAUGACAAAACAAGAAAGAGAUUGCAAGAAAGUUUAGUGUUUAAAUGCUGCAUAUAAAUAUACUUUUAUCUUCACAAUUUCGUAGUAGCUUUCAAGCUUAAGUCGUGCUUUUAGCUUCUCCUCUGACCUUUAGACUCUUGAACUGAGUUAUACUGUAGUAAGGAACUACUUCAGUAUGUGGGGAGUUUCCUGAGAAACAGCAUACAGUGAUAUAGAUAAAAUAGCCUUUUGCACUGUGGGCCUGAUGAUGAAGGAACACAAAGACAAGGUGUGGAGUGUUGAUGCUCUGUGGUGUAUUCAUAAAGUCAUAGAUUAUUCUAGAUGAUGCCACACAGUUUUGUAUUGUAUUAUUAUACUCCUCAGAAUAUUUGUGGUGUUCAUUUUCUUUUUUGUACGGUAGAAAUAGAAACAUAAGUGCCGAGGCUGUAAUGAUUUUUUAAAGUUUUACGACUUAAUUCUCUGAUUUAUAAUGUGUUUUUAACCUGUGGUGUGUUUAAUGACAACAUUAUUUACUUAUAUGGAUAGGAAAAGUGCAAAGCACUGAUGACACUGUCUAUCAUUAAAUGCUUUUGAUGUAGUUUUCUAUUAAUACGAUGCAUACUUUGUGCAUCACUUGUAGUAUUCUUUGUGUUGUAUGAAUAAAGAUUUUGGUGCUGUAGUACAGUUAAAAAAA